UUAAUUUCAUACCCACGAAUUUUUUGUUUUUACCAUUACCUCAACAUGUGUUCACCGUGCUUCGAAGUAAGUUCGAAAAAUCAACUUUAUGAAUUUUUUUCAGAAUUCAAUGCAUCAACAGAAGAAUCUGUUAAAAAUGAUGUACAAUAUCUAAAAGAAUGGAUAAGAAAAGAAGCACAUUUGCCAAAUGUAGAAGAUGAUGAAUGGUUAACCAACUUUUUGCUAAGAUGUAAGAAUAGUUUAGAAAAGGCAAAAACAAGGAUCGACGAAUAUUACUCAGUGAGGACCGUGAUGCCGGAAUUCUUUCAAGGACGAGACCAGUGCUUCGAUAAAAUGGAACAUUUAUUGCAACAAUGUGUUUUCGUGCCUUCUUUGAAAUUAACCCCAGAUGGAUAUCGUGUCAUGAUGUACCAUAUUUUUGACAAUAACACUACUUUCGAUUUUCAUGAUUUGAUGAAACUUGCACUAAUGAUAUUCGACUUCGGUUUAAAAAUGGAUAGAAUUCGAGGGAUGAUUCAUAUCUUAGACGCUCAAAACGUAACAAUGAGUAUCAUCGUGUACAUGGUCUCAAUCGUGAGAAAAUCAGCUGUUUUGUCGCAGAAAACCAUCCCAAUUCGUCAUCACAAAAUUUACCUCGUCAACUCGAUUCCAGCCAUGAAUCCGGGUAUUCGACUCUACAAACGUUUUUUAAAAAAGAAGAUGGGCGAUAUGAUUGAAAUGUGGAAAGAUGAUCCUAAAAAUUUGAUUUCUGUGAUACCGAAAGAAGUACUACCAUCAAUUUACGGUGGAAAUCAAGGAUCACUGGAAGACAUGAGAGAUAUUUGGUACGGUGAAAUGGAAAAAAAUCGUGAUUGGUUCAUUUCUGAUGAGGCCAAUAAAGCUGAUUUCAGCAAAAAACCAGUUGAUACCUCACAUAAGAAUAAAUGUAUCAUCUGCUAAUUUUGGAGUUGACGUUACAUUUCGUAUAAAUCUGUCUAGAUUACUUAAUUGCAAUUUUCUAUUACUUGCAUGCCAUAACUCGUUAAUUAAUUCAAAAUAUUGACAGGUUCGUGUAGGUAGCUACCUACCUGCAUAUUUUUAAAGACAAUUGUAAACAAAUAAAUAAAUGAUGUACCUCA